UAAUGUUCUCUUUUCUCUUCGCUUCAUCAAAUGGAUUCUCCACCUCUCCUCAAAUGUCCACCCAAUCCCAUUCAUCUCCUCUCUAUCACACCAACUUAGGCCUCGGCUACUCCAUCGCCGUCGCUCUUGGUUUCCUCCUCCUCCUCUCUAUUAUCCUCCUCGCAUCCUACGUCUGCUGCCGCCCUUCUUCUUCUUCUCCUGCUCGCGCCGACUCCGACGGGAUCAUCCUUCCCAGAGUUGUUUUCAUUGAUGAAGACGAUAAAAAUGUGGUCGUGGGGCUUGAUGAAGCCAUUAUAAAUUCAUACCCCAAGUUCCAGUUUAGUAAAGAGGCGGUUGCUGUGGGUUCUACUAAUGCUAACACGACAUGUUCGAUUUGUCUAUGUGAGUAUAGGGAUCUGGAGAUGUUGAGAAUGAUGCCUGAGUGCAGGCACUGUUUCCAUGUUUCUUGUCUUGAUGCUUGGUUGAAACUUAAUGGGUCUUGUCCAAUUUGUCGGAACUCGCCACUUCCGACUCCGCUUUCUACGCCUUUGUCGGAGGUCGUGCCUUUGUCUCAGCAUGUGGCAGACCGGAGGAGGAUGAGGUGACUUCUUUUUUUUCCUUCUCUUUUUAA